UUUGUCUAUGUAACAAACACUUCAACAAAGCUACUCUAAAUCCAAUUUACAAGAUGAAUUCCUUUAGCCAAAACCACUAUUUAAUUUUGUUCCUUGUUCUCGCUGUGUGGACAUCCCACGUAAUGUCUCGCAGGUUGUCUGAGGCCUGCACAUCAGAGAGACAUGAGAAGUGGAUGGCACAGUAUGGUAGGGUUUACAAGGAUGCUGCUGAGAAGGAGAAACGUUUCCAAGUAUUCAAAAACAAUGUGCACUUCAUUGAGUCUGUCAAUGCUGCUGGGGACAAACCUUUCAACCUUAGCAUUAACCAAUUUGCGGACCUUAAUGAUGAAGAAUUUAAGGCUUUACUAAUUAAUGUUCAGAAAAAAGCAAGUUGGGUGGAGACAUCAACAGAAACAUCAUUUAGGUAUGAGAGUGUAACUAAGAUUCCUGCUACCAUUGACUGGAGGAAAAGAGGUGCUGUCACUCCAAUCAAGGACCAAGGCAGAUGCGGUAGUUGUUGGGCAUUUUCAGCCGUGGCUGCGACCGAGGGUAUCCACCAAAUUACAACGGGUAAGUUGGUGCCUCUCUCUGAGCAAGAACUGGUUGAUUGUGUUAAAGGUGAGAGCGAAGGAUGCAUUGGUGGUUACGUGGAUGAUGCCUUUGAAUUUAUUGCCAAGAAAGGAGGAAUAGCAAGUGAAACACACUACCCCUACAAAGGAGUUAACAAGACUUGUAAGGUUAAGAAGGAAACUCAUGGUGUGGCUGAGAUUAAAGGGUAUGAGAAAGUUCCUUCCAAUAAUGAAAAGGCACUUCUAAAAGCUGUGGCAAAUCAACCAGUGUCAGUUUACAUCGAUGCUGGAACACAUGCUUUCAAAUAUUACUCAAGUGGGAUUUUUAAUGCAAGAAAUUGUGGAACUAAUCCAAAUCAUGCUGUUGCGGUAGUUGGUUAUGGAAAAGCUCUUGAUGAUUCUAAGUAUUGGCUUGUAAAGAAUUCAUGGGGCACCGAAUGGGGUGAGAGAGGGUAUAUAAGGAUCAAGCGAGAUAUACGUGCCAAGGAAGGUUUAUGUGGAAUUGCUAAGUAUCCCUAUUAUCCAAUUGCUUGAGUACUGCUAUCAAUCAAUAUAUAAUAAGAUGCUUUUGUUUUAUCUUAAUUAAGAUGCAUGUGUAAACGUUUAAUUUCUACUAAAUAUAUAAUAUUUUGUUUUCUUU